UUCCCACAAGUGGAAUCAAUACACAACAAACCGUCGAGAUUGUAACCCAGUGUUUCUUGUGAUGCUUAGACAGCCAGGUUUAGCAGCGUCUUUGUUUUAGUAUUGUGGUGAUUGUAGCUUUCAAUAUUUAUAUUAGCCAAAACAUUGUAGAUCGAAGGAAAUUAGAAAUCUAUUGCGUUUAAAGCAAGAUAUUUUUAGAUCUUGGUUCGAACCUCGAGUUUCAAAGAAACUCCUUGUAAUAGCGAGUGUCGGAUUUUUGUGAACAAAUGCGAGAUAUUUCCUACCCCGUUGACAUGGCUCAGAUGCAUGGCUCCAAAGAUGACUCUGCCAUCCCCGACAGGUUCUUCUCCUCGGCCCCGGCUUCUCGGUGCAAUUCUUGGAAGAACAAACGAGGCGGAAGCGCUAGAAGGGACAAGAAGAGAGCGCACAACAUGGCGCGCUCCAACAGCGUUAGCCUCCCGGAUUGCUCCGAUACCAACAGCCGCUUGAGCGACUCCCUAUCCAAACAGAAGUGCCACCUUUGCAUGGUCAGGUCCUUCAAGACCACAUCCAAAGGCAUCAUAGACUCUGGCAGCUUCUCCAAGUCCCUCAGCUCCAACAGCCUCUUGUCUUCAGGUAGUCUCAACACAUCACACGGCAGCGGGGAUUUCUACAGCAGAAGUUUCUCCAUCGAGCAGCAAAGGGAGAACAGCCUGGACUCUUCGGACGAGUCUGAAAAAUACCAGAGUUCCUUUAGCAUGCCGUCUUAUUUCAGAACCUUGGUGUUGGGAGCUCCAGGUGUGGGCAAGACUUCCUUGAUCCAGCAGCUUACAAGAUGCGAUCCCUCUAGUGAUGAUGAGGAGCCAAGAUUUACAGAGACUGGGGCUAUUGUCUCCGUUCAGUUAGAUGGUCAGGAGUCCACAAUGGAAUUCAUCAGUAGCUCGGAUCUUGAUGAUCUGGAAUGCUACAAGGCUGAUGCCUAUAUACUUAUGUAUGCUGUUACUGAACCCAAGUCCUUCACACAUGCAGCCACACUGCUCAAUUACCUGAGACAAGACCUGGGCACUGACAGGACCAUCUUCCUGGUAGCCAACAAAUGUGACCUCGCCAGACAAAGGCUUGUCCCAGCCAUAGAGGCUCGCAAAUUUGCAGUAAACAAUGAAUGCAACUUCCUAGAGACAUCUACUGCUCUGAGUGUUAAUACGGACGAACUGCUAGUGGGCAUCCUGUGUAGCAUCAAGAAGCAGCUAACUCCACUUCAAGACUCGGAGCAGAAAAAGAACUUCCAGCAUAAAUCCAUGUCCAUGGAAAGGCGGCCUCGUUCUCCCAAGCGGGCGCUGUCCGCUAUCAGUAACUUUUUAAAAUCAGCAUGCAGACGAGACAGCAGGCGACGUGAUGUCACACCAAUACCACAGCUGGUUUAGAGAUUAUUGGCUUGUUUCAACCCCUGUUAUACCAUCUUGAACAUGUUAUUGUGUUUGCACUACAAAUUAGGCGCCAACAAAAAUGAAAGAAAAGCAAGUCUGUUUAUUUAUAUUUGUUAAUUUCAACUUUUGAAACCUUAAGAUGCAAUAACUUGUUCAAUAUAAGUAUAGUAUUUGCUUGUUUUUAUAUUCCUUUUAUUUCAAUAUUGUAUUUUUUUUUUUGUGAUCAAGUUAUUUUAGAAAGUAAAUGUUGCUUUUUUCUUUUUUAUUUGUUGAUUUAUUUGUGAAUGUAAUUGAUGAUGAUGUAGCUGUUUUAUGAUAGCUUUCUUCAUCUUCAAACCAAUAUGGAAUGAAGAUUGACUUUGAUUGAACCAAUUCUUCUUGAUGUUUCGUUCGUCAAUUAAGAAGAAUGGAAGUCAUGUUAAAAGCAGUACAAAGAAUGCAGUGACUCUCCCCCCAAACAAACUUUGGCUACUUUCUUUCGUUGCUAAAGCCAAAGCCAGUUUUCUAUUUUGAUUUUCGUUUCAUCCUACGUCUAUAAAAAUAGAAAAAUAGUGGGCAGAGAGCUGCAGUACCAACUCCUGUGUAUAUAGAUUGGCCUCCAUAGAGCGUAUAAUCUGUGCAAAGAUUUCGACAACUAUACAUAGACUAGGUCUAUUUGGAGUCAAUAAUUUAUGCCAGAUCACAACAUUGAUGUAUAGACUAGACCUCUAUGGAAUGUAUGAUACGUACCUUAAUUUAAUUUUUGAAUUUUAAGAUUGAGUUUUUAGAUAUUGAACACAGAUCUGGACCUAGAUAAUUUGGUGCAUUGACAAUGCAAUUUUUUUCAUGCGUGUGUGCGUGUUUUCCUGUCAAAGGGGUCAAAUGUCAAACCUCAACAAAACAAACACAGUGACAAUGAGAAUGUUGUAAUUAUUAUUGUGUUGAUUCCUUUAAUUUAUUCUGCUUGACUAACAUGCACGGUUGUUAGCGUUGUUAUUUUCCCCUAACAAAACAUGUUCCUAUUGCUGUUGUUGAAACAAAGACAACUGAUAUUUAAUUGUUAUUCAACUUUUUUCUUUGUCCAAGUGUGGACAAAAUAUGAUCACACAAAGAGAAUCUUUUUGGCUGCACAUUUAUCUGUUCAAGUGAUUCUGAUAAGCCAAAAUAGAGGUGUGAUUUUGAGAACAAUAUGUUAUUUUUAUUUUGUGAUGCCUUUGUUGUCAAUGUUAUGAUAUGUACAUUUUGACGGAGCUGUAUAUCGUAUUGAUUACAUUGUUUAUGGCAAUGGUCCUACUAAAUCGAUUUCUGUCACGUGGAAACACAGUUUUGUGUAGACAUGCAGUCGAGUUAAGAAAAGAGAAAGUCAAUGGAAUGGUGCAAUGUGUAUAUUCUGUGCAUCUAAUUUAUACACAAAUAUAUACAUGUAAAAAUGUGAGUUGAGAUUUUCAACUCAUCUGAAGAAAGGGCCAGCAUUGCUAGUUGUUGUAAUUUGCAUAAAUUCGUUUAAACAUUUUUUUUCUUGUAUCGAUGUCAUUUUUUUUUUGCAACGUUUGUAAAUAUUUACAGUGGCUUUUGAUUGUUUAAUAAUCUAACUGUAAAUAAUUGUAAAUAUUUCAAUGAUUUGUUUUUCAUAAAAUGUAGAUUAGAACUUAUUUUUUUUCCUAGUAGCACAUUCAGAGUAGAAUCAAAAUAUCUCUUCUCAGGAUUUGGUAACUCAUGACUUCAUUUAGUCCAAACAACUGGUGUAGAGAAUAUUUUUGUCCUUUCCCUGUCCAUUGUAUUUCAGUUUCUAGAUACAUUGUAUUUUUUAGUUUGUAGUUAGACAUGUAGUCAGCUAGUAUUACUUGUAUCUUUGUCUAAUAACCUCAUCAUUGAACCAAUUGUCCACACUAAAAAUAAGCUUUCAUUCCACACAUUUCAUCCCAGCGUACCCCUCGCGUGAACAGAGAGAUGUCAGCAUCCUGUUGUCAUGCGGGAAGUACACUUGCCAUUCCACUUCCGGUUCAGCCAAGUGAUAUUUUGUAUUGUAGCAUCAGGCUUAUCAUUCAACCCAAUGACCCCCCCUCCCCAUCUUAUUCACCCCCAUACAAAAAGUCAAAACCUUUGAAUUGAAAUUAGGGUUUUAAUUUUUUACAAAUUUACAUGAAUUAUUUUGUGUGCAUAUGAAGGAGAGAUACGCUUACCUUUCGAGUUGAAUGGUGGCAGAUCAAAACCUUAAAUUACAAUCGUUAAGUACAAACGCAUUUAAUGAAUACAUUAAUAAUAAGCCAGGGACAAAAUCUACGUGCCAAUAGGCGUACAACAUUAGAACCGCUCAGAUAAAAAGCGCACGGCUAAUUUCUUGAUCAGAAGUUGGCGUUUGGUGAUUUUUUAUGGGUUAUUUUGUUGAACGGCUUUUGUCAUAUUGAAAUUUGGAAUGGCUGGUUGCGUUAUUUUUAUAUGUUUCAUACGCUUUGUAGAUCCCAAUAGAGAGACGUCAUUUCCCCCUUGGUUCAUACUGUGAAAGUUGUAGUACGCUCUUAUGAUGACGUCAUUUAUUGCCGGCGCAUUCCAUUUGUUUGUAAAAAUAAAAUAACAUUUUGUUUUAGAGUUUUUCAAAUAAUAUAUGUACAAAGGUUAUCACAAUGAAGUAUAAACCUAUUGAGAAUAAAAUAAAUCUGAGAUAAA